AUGUUGUACGUGGUUAUUUCUCUUCUCCUUGCACUCUAUUGUAUCUUUUGCAUUUACGAUUGCGUCAAACCGCACAAUUUUCCUCCUGGUCCAAAAUGGUUGCCGCUAAUCGGUUGUUUCCUCACGUUUCGACGAUUGAAACUGAAACACAAAUACACUUACGUGGCUUUUCAAGAAUUGUCGAAGACUUAUGGGCCGAUUUUGGGUUUGAAAUUAGGAAGUCAGAAACUCGUUGUAAUUUCAACGCACGAUCUAGUGAAGAAAGUUCUUCUUCAAGACGAAUUCAACGGUAGACCGGAUGGAUUCUUUUUCAGAGUCCGUGCUUUUGGAAAGAGAAAAGGUAUUUUAUUCACGGAAGGAUCAAUGUGGUCUCAGUGUCGUCGUUUUACGAUGCGGCAUCUCAGAUCUUUCGGCCUAGGUCAGUCAACUAUGGAAAAAUAUUUAACCGUAGAAGCUGAAAAUCUUGUGAAUUAUCUUCGUCGUGUCAGCACCAAAGGCCCUGUACCAAUGCACACGGCCUUUGACAUUGCAGUUUUGAAUUCCCUCUGGUGUAUGUUCGCUGGGCAUAGAUUUGACUAUGAAAAUGAGAAAUUGGCAGAAAUUCUUGAAAUUGUUCACGAUUCCUUCAGAUUAAUGGAUACAAUGGGCGGCAUUAUCUCACAAAUGCCAUUUCUACGUUUCAUAAUACCAGAAUUAUCCGGUUACAACAAUUUAAUGGAAAUACUUCGAAAACUCUGGAAUUUCUUAGAUGAAGAAAUUAAUAACCACGAGAAACAUUUAUCUGGAAAUCAGCCGCAAGAUUUGAUCGAAGCUUUUCUAUUAGAAAUUUCAUCGAGGAAUGGCGUGCAAAAUGAUUCUAUUUUUGAUAGGGAAAAUUUAUUGAUUCUAUGCCUGGACCUCUUCUUAGCCGGCUCGAAAACUACAACGGAUACCUUAUCGACUAGCAUACUGUUUUUAUCUUUACAUUCCGAAUGGAUUAAGAUACUCCAGGAAGAAUUGGAUAACGUAGUAGGUAGAUCACGAUCUCCUACAUUGGAGGAUUAUUCAUCGUUACCAAUUAUGGAAUCAUUUCUUGCGGAGAUACAAAGAUUUUUGAUCUUGGCACCGCUUGGAGUACCUCAUAAGACUACAAAAGAUGUAAUUUUGAACGGAUAUAAUAUACCCAAGGAUACCACGGUUCUUUUGGAUUUCCAUAGCGCGCAUAACGAUCCUGCUUAUUGGGAUCAUCCAGAAGAAUUUCGACCGCAACGAUUCCUCGAUGCAAAUGGCCGAUUUUGUCAAAAUAAUGCCAAUAUACCAUUUGGUUUAGGUAAAAGACGUUGUCCGGGUGAGAUGUUGGCUCGGACAUCUUUAUUUUUAUACUUUGCCUACGUUAUACAUUACUUCGACAUCGAAAUUUCACCAGAGCAUGGCAAGCCAGAUCUAAAUGGACACGAUGGUUUUACUAUAUCACCGAAAUCUUAUUAUUUGAAAAUCACGGCAAGAUCCGACGUGACAAACUGCUCCACUAUAUAA